GCUGGGGAGGCGCGUUCACGCCGGCAGCUCGCAGCCCCUGGCGACCUGCCGCGGGGACCUGGGUGCCUGUCUGGACCGGAGCGCGCGGCCAUGGAUGGCGUCGGGGAGCCCGGCGCGGACCGGGGAGCUCCGCUGCCCACCUUCCGCUGGGAGCAGAUCCGCACUCACAACCUGCCCGGCGACAAGUGGCUGGUCAUCGAGCGCCGCGUCUACGACAUCAGCAAGUGGGCACAGCGACACCCAGGCGGCAGCCGCCUCAUCGGCCACCACGGGGCAGAGGACGCCACGGAAGCCUUCCACGCCUUCCACCAGGACCUCGACUUUGUGCGCAAGUUCCUGCGGCCCCUGCUGAUCGGAGAGCUGGCCCCGGAGGAGCCCGGCCAGGGUGGGCCUCAGGAUGCCCGGCUCAUCGAGGACUUUCGAGCCCUGCGCCAGACGGCCAAGGACCUGAAGCUGUUUGAGGCCAACCCCACCUUCUUUGCUCUCAUGCUGGGUCACAUCUUGGCUAUGGAGGUGCUGGCUUGGCUGCUCGUCUACCUCCUGGGCCCUGGCUGGGUGCCCAGCACCCUGGCCGCCCUCAUCCUGGGCGUCUCCCAGGCUCAGAGCUGGUGCUUGCAGCAUGACCUCGGCCACGCAUCCAUAUUCCCUGCCUCGCGCUGGAACCGCGUGGCACAGCAGUUUGUCAUGGGGCAGCUGAAGGGAUUCUCGGCCCGCUGGUGGAACUUCCGCCACUUCCAGCACCAUGCCAAGCCCAAUGUGUCCCACAAGGACCCAGAUGUGACCCUGGCACCCAUCUUCCUGCUCGGGGAGUCUUCCGUGGAGUACGGCAGGAAGAAGCGCAGAUACCUGCCCUACAACUGCCAGCACCUGUACUUCUUCCUCAUUGGGCCCCCGCUGCUCACCCUCGUGAAUUUCGAGGUGGAGAACCUGGUGUACAUGGCGCUGUGCCUGCAGUGGGCGGACCUGCUCUGGGCUGCCAGUUUCUACACUCGCUUCCUCCUGGCCUACGUCCCCUUCUACGGCAUCCGUGGGGCGCUGCUGCUCUAUGUGGCUGUCAGGGUCCUGGAGAGCCACUGGUUCGUGUGGAUCACACAGAUGAACCACAUCCCCAGGGACAUUGGUCAUGAGCAACACCGCGACUGGGUCAGCGCGCAGCUGGCGGCCACCUGCAACGUGGAGCAGUCACCCUUCAUCGACUGGUUCAGCGGCCACCUCAACUUCCAGAUCGAGCACCACCUCUUCCCCACGAUGCCCAGGCACAACUACCGCAGGGUGGCGCCACUCGUCAGGGCACUGUGUGCCAGGCACGGCCUGCUAUAUGAGGUCAAGCCCUUCCUCACCGCCAUGGUGGACAUUGUCAGGUCCCUGAAGAAGUCCGGUGACAUCUGGCUGGAUACCUACCUCCACCAGUGAAGUCAGGAGCACACAGCCCCCAGGCCCAAGCCUGCACCCUGCCAGUGGCCGCUGCCCACCCUCUUGCAGCCCCUGCCAAUGACCCUGCUGGCACGAGGGAGGGUGUAAGCACCAGGACAGCAUGUUUUCCUACACCAGAAUUGGAGAAAACUAUUAUUUUUAUAUAAAAGCUGAUUCAGAUGUA